AUGGUCGCUGUGUGUGUGUGGGGGGGGGGGGGGGGGGGGAAUAAGGAUAACGGGGAGGGGCGGGGCCUGCGGAGGCCCCGCCCCCGAAAUGGGCGGGGCGCGCUGGGCGGUGGUCGCGGCCCCUUUAAGGCGGCGGGGCAGCGGCGCUCGCGCGACCGGAAGGGCCGCGCGGUGACGUCUCUUCCGGGCGCCCGCGCGUGCCGCCGCGCCGGGGCCGCCAUGGAGGCGGCGCCGCCGCAGAAGCGCUUCUACCGGCAGCGGGCGCACUCGAACCCGCUGGCCGACCACACGCUGCGCUACCCCGCCAGGCCUGAGGACAUGGACUGGGCCGAGCUGUACCCGGCCUUCUUCGCCCCGCCGGCCGAGGGAGCGGCGCCGCCGGCGCGCGUGGAGUUUGCCGACGUGGGCUGCGGCUACGGCGGGCUGCUGGUGGAGCUGGCGCCGCUCUUCCCCCGCACGCUCAUGCUGGGGCUGGAGAUCCGCGUGAAGGUGUCGGACUACGUGCGCGACCGGAUCCGGGCGCUGCGGGCGGCCCAGCCCGGCUGCUACGACAACAUCGCCUGCGUCCGCACCAACGCCAUGAAGCACCUGCCCAACUUCUUCCGCAAGGGCCAGCUCAGCAAGAUGUUCUUCCUCUUCCCCGACCCUCACUUCAAGAGAACCAAGCACAAAUGGCGAAUCAUCAGCCCCACGCUGCUGGCCGAGUACGGCUAUGUGCUGCGCGUCGGGGGCCUCGUUUACACCAUCACGGACGUGGAGGAGGUGCACGAGUGGAUCGUGAAACACUUCAGCAGCCACCCGCUCUUCGAGGAAGUGCCGCUGGCCGAGCUGAGCGGCGACCCGGUCGUGGCCCGGCUGGGCACCUCCACGGAGGAGGGCAAGAAGGUGCAGCGCAGCGGCGGCAAGACCUUCCCGGCCGUGUUCCGGCGCGUCGAGGACCCGGCGCUGCGCGAGGAGGCGUGAGGCGCGGCGAGCGGCGCGGGCCUCGGCGCCGGGCCCGCGCGGGGGGCGUCCGCUGCCGCCCGCCCUCCCGCGAGCUCGGAAUUUCGGAAUAAAUCGGAGCCUUUGCGGCGCUGGGAGAGGCCGCGGAUUGA